UCUGUCCAGUGUGCCGACAGACAGGCAGCUGUUCUCUUCCCCGUCAUUACCACACUCCACCUGCCACUGAGUCACCAUCCUUCUUAGAUGCCACAAUCACACACACACACAGAUAUACAAACACACAGAGCAUCCUUAAACCAAACACACAGCAAUCACAGCACAGCAACCGUACGAUACACAGGACCACACAGGCUCAGCGCACCAAUACACUGGAUAAGAGCAUCGUACUAUCUGCAAGAAAACACUGGCUCUAUGAUUCUAUAUACAAACACAGAAUUCGGACGCCACAUUAUACGCAAACACUGAGCACAGCACCAAUACUCGGACAGACAGGAGUUUCGGAAUAAACAUCUAUACACAGCUCUGACUGAUGUUAACUCAAGCGCAUCCUUAUGUACAGUCAGUGCUGCCAAUGGCUUUUUGUAUACAUGCAUAAAAGCACAAAGCGUUGGAUGCCGCUGCAGAAAUUCAUGCACACUUUUUUCCCCGGCAGAUCUGUAGAGAGACGGAUAAAACACACAGCAAGUUAGUGCGACAAUCCACACCCUUAAGCAGACACCCAGCCAGACAGGCUGCAUCCACACAUAGAACACUACCUGCCUUUUAUUUCUUCCUUACCCCCGCUGCCAUCUGGAAAAAUGAAGCAAGCUCUGCUGGAGGUAAUGAGGAUGAAUCGAAUCUGCAGGAUGGUGCUCGUUACCUGCCUAGGAUCUUUUAUCUUGGUCAUCUUCUAUUUCCAAAGUAUGUUGCACCCAGUAAUGCACAGAAACCCAUUUGGAAUGGACAUUUGUUGUCGGAAAGGAUCUCGAAGCCCACUGCAAGAACUCUACAGCCCAGCGCAGUUGGAGUUGUCCAGCAAUGCUGUCUUGCACCAGAUGAGACGAGACCAAGUUACAGAGAUGUGUCGGGCAAAUAGUGUCGCCACCAGAAAACGCCGUGUGCUGACACCUAAUGACCUUAAACACUUGGUGGUGGAUGAAGACCACGAGAUGAUCUACUGUUAUGUGCCGAAAGUGGCAUGUACAAAUUGGAAGAGAGUAAUGAUGGUCCUGACUGGGAGAGGUAAAUACAGUGAUCCUAUGGAAAUACCAGCCAACGUGGCCCAUGUGUCAUCCAAUCUGAAGACCCUCAACCAGUAUAGCAUCCCAGAGAUUAAUCACCGCUUGAAAAGUUACAUGAAAUUUCUCUUUGUCCGUGAGCCUUUUGAGAGAUUAGUCUCGGCCUACAGAAAUAAGUUUACACAGAAGUACAACACUUCUUUCCAUAAGCGUUACGGCACUAAAAUAGUAAGACGGCAAAGAAAAAAUGCCACACAGGAGGCACUCCAUAAUGGUAACGAUGUUAAAUUUGAGGAGUUUGUUGCCUACCUUAUUGACCCACAUACACAAAAAGAAGAGCCUUUCAACGAGCAUUGGCAAACAGUCUUUUCUCUAUGCCAUCCAUGCCACAUCCAUUACGAUCUUAUUGGCAAAUACGAAACAUUAGAAGAAGAUUCCAAUUUUAUCCUACAACUGGCAGGGGUUAGCAACUACUUGAAAUUUCCCACCUUUGCGAAGUCUACCAGAACUACUGACGAAAUGACAGCAGAGUUUUUCCAGAACAUCAGCAUGGAGCACCAAAUACAACUGUACGAAGUCUACAAACUUGACUAUCUAAUGUUCAACUACUCCAUGCCAGCCUACCUAAAAACAGAAUGAGAAACAUCCCUGUUUCUGUGAAAGGUUUUGUUAUUACAAGAAUAGAGGGUUAUUUUGUAAAUUGAAGGAGGGAUUUGGGGGGGGGGUCAUCUAUUUUGUGCUGCAAGCAGUACAAGGAUCGUUAUUUAAAUUGCUUCACAAAGAAGGACAGAUUUCUUAAGGUUAAGAGUAAUUUAAGCUUAUCUGAAGACACAAUUAUUAAUUUUACACUGUUCUCAAUUUCCACAGCGCCUUCACUCUAUGUAAAUUGUCUAUAAAUUAUUUAUAGUUAUUUAAAUUACAACUGUU